GAAAAAGGGAAAGGGGGGAGAGAGUGGUGAAUCCCAAAAAUCUCAAGCAGUGCCAAGGUUGGAGGAAUGGCGCAGCAAGCAGUGCAGAAGAACACGCUGUAUGUCGGAGGACUGGCCGAGGAGGUGAACGAGUCGAUACUCCACGCGGCGUUCAUACCCUUCGGGGACAUCAAGGACGUCAAGACGCCGCUGGAUCAAGCCACCCAGAAGCACCGCUCUUUUGGAUUCGUCACGUUCUUGGAGAGAGAGGACGCCGCCGCCGCCAUGGACAACAUGGACGGCGCCGAGCUCUACGGCCGCGUCCUCACUGUUAAUUAUGCCCUCCCUGAGAAAAUCAAGGGCGGUGAACAGGGUUGGGCCGCUCAGCCCAUUUGGGCAGAUGCAGACACGUGGUUUGAGAGACAGCAACAAGAAGAGGAAAUGCAGCGUAUUCAGGCAGAGAACAAGGCUGCCAUGCAGGCCGCGGAAGAGUUGCACAGGAAAAAAUUGACGCAAGAACGAGAAGGGGAAAAAGAAGAGGAGAUCGAGAUGAAGGACGACCCCAUGGCAAGGGCUGAGGCAGAGGCUUUGCUACAGAGUGACUAGUGUUCUACUGCUUCCAAGUGAAAAUUAUGUGAGGAGUAUGCAGUUUUGUUCUAUCAAAUCCUCGCUUGUAUAACUUAGCUAACGAAACAAACCCUUGGUUCCGAAUGUCGUAUUAAUAUUUGGUACAAGUGAGCCGAAUAGGGGUUGAUCUUUAUGUUGUUGAAAGAUUUUUUUGUGCACUUAUUCCAUCCAAUCCAAGGUUAAUGAAUAUAUCCCAAGUUCGGAAA